AUGCACUCUGCUCGCAACACCCUUGCCUUUUCCCUCUUGGCCAUUAUCCUCGGAGUCCUCUCCAUCCCCAUAACCGUCACCGUCUCCGCAGCCGCCGAAGCGCCCUUGGAUAAGUGCCAAAAGUGUAUUGCGGACAUUGCUAAGGUGAUCUCACCCACCUGCAACAAAGAUGUCUUUGCGACCCUGGUCGGUGCUGACAUGAACAAAAAACAACAGGAAUGCGUCUGCCCGUUGAGUUCAGAUACCAACUGGCUUCUGGCAUGCAAACUUUUCAACUUUUGUCCACCUGACACUGUCGAAAACAUUUCCAAGGAGCUCCAAGGCAGACAUGAAAAGAGCUGUCUCGGUGCCGCUAAAUUCAAGACCGAAACGGCUCGAUCCCGCAACACGACCACCACCACUACCACCACGACCACCACCACCACACUUGAUUCGUCGUCAACGUCAACAUUGUCGCCCAAUCAUUCUAUCACUGGCACUGAUACAUCACCUACUGGAGUCCAUUCCAAUGGAUCGGGAAAUCCAUCACCCAAGCUUGCUGCCGGAUCGACUCUUGUUGCCGCUGCUGCCAUGGCUGCAUUUCUCCUUUAA